AUGAAACAAUUUUUCGCUCAUCGUUUUCGUAGGCAUUCUGGAGACUCUUCACAUCUUUACGAUCAAUCUUCUUCUCAUGAUGACAACGAUCAAAAGUCAUCAUCAACGAAUCGAUCAAACCUUAAAAUUCGAGCCAUCCCAAAAACCAACGUUCCUCCUCCUCCUCGCAGAAAGAGUGAAACAGAUGCUGUAUUGAUGCAAAGUACGCAUCCUGUGAAUACGCAAGGUGUCUAUGGAUUUAUGGAUUACACAGUGCAUAAAAACGCAAAUAAUCUUUACACCUAUGGAAAUCAACCUAAUCAAUUCUAA